CGUGUUAUGUGCUUACUUAGACAUCGAUCUUGGUUUACUUCUAGAAAUAGGUGCGAUUGCCAGUAAAUUGUUUGAUAGUUUAAAUAGUACAAGAUCGUCCGAUAACAAGUCCACUUAUCACCAACGUACACAGGAACUUGUGAUAAAAUUAUUACUAUCAUCACGAAGGAUGUCUGAUUCUGGAUCCAAUGGCACUGGUGGUGGAGAGAGUCAGCAGCAGCAGCAACAAUCACCCCAGGGUCAGCAGUCAGUGAUUCGCUACAUGUUGAGCAACAAGGUUGAGGCCGCCCUGUGGCUGACCAGAGUGUUCACUGUACUGUGCACCGUGAUGUUCAUCCUGCCACUCUUUGGUGGAAAUCCUUCGACCCAUUUUGAGCGUGUGUUACUGAGCGCUGCGGCCACUAGUGCACUGAGGUUACAUCAGCGGCUGCCCAACUUCCAGUUCAGCCGUGCCUUCAUGAGUCUGCUGUUUGCAGAGGACAGCUGCCACUAUCUGUUCUUCUGCAUCAUCUUCCUCAACAGUUACCCCAUCACCAUGGUUCUUGUACCAUUAUUUCUAUUUGCACUUCUACAUGCGUGCAACUACACCAAGAAUCUCCUGGAUGUGCUUGGUCCAACUUCGAUGAUGUUCAUGAGGAACCUGAUUGCUAAACUGCAACUCCAACAGACCAACAUUCUACGCUUCAUUGCUUGCUCGGAAAUCUUCUUAAUGCCCGCUCUCAUCUUUAUGACGUUUAGUGGAAGAGCUACCAUAUUCCAUCCAUUUGUGUACUACAGAUUUCUCUCCCUUCGAUAUGCAUCACGGAGAAACCCAUACUGCAGGACACUAUUCUAUGAACUGAGAAUGACCGUUGAGUUUGUGUGCAAUAAACCUCAGUGCCCGCAGUUUGUACGUAACAUCUGCCUAAAGGCUAUAGGCUUCAUCUCCCGACUAGCUCCACAAGUGGCCGCCCAGUAAACUGUGAAGUGGUAGGGAUGCCAUGGUAACCACAGUCAGCAAGUCUUGAUGUUGUUAUCCUCAUCGUCAACUUGAGAUGGGAGGCGGAAAUUAUGACAGAAAAAUAGUAGAGAAAGCAUCUUAUGAAAACUUUAGUAAUUAUAUUCUGUGUUCAGCUCUGAAGAUUAACAUGGCUUAGUGUUGGUAUAAUUUGAUUGAAGAUCAAUCUGUAACUUGUACAGAUACUGUAAAAAUUUAAUGUUUUAGUAUUUAUAAUGAUUGUAAAAGUCUUGAAAAGUUUUUUAAUUGUAGUGACCAUUUCCUUGUCUGAAGUACCAGAAGUCAUCAUAACAGAGAUGUUGAACAAAAGAUUUAAUGAACUGGAUCCGAUUAUAAUGUGUUGGGUUUGGGGAAAACUGUGUUAAAAUUGCCUUCCCUUAUUAGCUUGUGUAGUCUGUACAGGCUAAACAAGGACAACAAUAUCAGCCUAAAGUGUUUUUGUCCCCAACCGGUGAAUCCGGAGGGGACUUAUUAUGGUUUGCACUUCGUCUGUCAGUCAGUCAGUCUGUCUGUCACACUUUUCUGGAUCCUGCCAUAACUUUGAAAGUUCUUCAUAUUUUUUCAUGAAACUUGAAACAUUGAUCGAUGGCAAUAUGAAGAUUAUGCACGUCAUUUCAUUUUGUUCCUACAUCAAGAAUUCUGGUUGCUAUGGCAACAAAUAAAAAAAAAUCUGACAAUGGUGGAGUUUCACUGGUAGGGGACAAUAUUGCUUGGCAAUCUCUUGUUGUUUUUUUAUUUAGAACAUAAUUCUUUUAAUAAAAUAAUUCCAUAAAAAGGGAAAGUGUUGUUCCAGAUUAGCCUGUGUAGACUGGGACAACACUUUUUACACACAUCGAUAAGCCCAGUUUUCCCAGAAUGCAAAAUGUUUUGCUAAAUAAAUACUCGACUCUCUAAGAUCAUUCAAGACCAAUAGUCAGGAUUCAACAGAAUCCAACUGUUCUACUUAUAUCUGGAUGUUAUGGUGUACAGUCCAACCUGACUUAAUGGUCAGUCUGGAUUCCCCCCACCCUCCCCCAAUGAAAAUCCUUCUAUAUUACAUCUGAGAAUAAUAGUCACCUGUCUACAACAGCCACUAUAUUUCACUGCCAAAGUCAUAUUUUACCUGAGAAUAGCAGUCACUAGUCAGGCAUUUUGUGGUUUAAAACUGUACUGUUGUUUUUUCUUACCACUUAUGUCCUUCCAUAUAUUGGGCGUCUAUUUUGUGGCUAAAGAAUGUGAUUGUGGUAGCUGCUGUGAUGAAUGCAGCCCACUGUGAGAAAACAUAUAAUAAUCCUUUGUUUACAUUACUCUGUGUGCAAACGACUGGGUAGGGUAACAUCCUACCAUACUACCAAGUGACCAACCAUCUAAAAAGUGGACACUGGGAACAACGGUCACCUGUCUACAGCGGCCACUUUGGCCAUUUCCAUGGACUGACCACUGCUCUCAGGUUGGACUGUAUAUUUAAGGGUUUGUUUACUUGUUUGUAUUCCAGUAGAAAAUAAAAUUAAAGACCUUUCUUAACAGAUUCAGCUUUUAAAGUGUCGCGUGAUCGUUCAUAGUUCACGGACGACACACAGUUACUAACAAUGUUCAUUACUCUUAAAUUACCGGCGUGUAGCCUAUCGAAUAUGACGAGAUUUGCAUUAACUACCAUUUUCUCGUGUCACGCAUGGGACAAGUCGGUCCCUCUCUGUUUAUGUUAAUUUCUCUGCAUAAUGUAGGAAAAAAUAUUCAACAACACCAUAUAUCAGUUUCUAGUCCAAUUUAAUGUCUAACAUAAUAUUUUCGGUUAUACAAAUACAGUCUGAUAGCUACAUGAUUGUAUCUUUCUCGAUCCGUACGCCUCCAAGUCUAAACGCUAACUCCUUGUUUCCCUCUAACAUCUGCCCCGUGAAACUCAGUUAUGAAUCCCAUUGGUCAGUGUUCUAUACGUGCUUGUUGCUGAUUGGUUGAAUUACAACCUAGGACUGGGUAUGUACACGCUAUCAGCAUUGUGAUACAAAUAAAUGAUGCAAAUACAGCCUAAGGCUUGUGUCAACCGCAUCGUUUCCUCUUUGUUGUUAAGCAUACACCAGAUUCAAAUAUUUUAUCUUUUGACCGUCAUGCAUACUCGCCACUGAUAUACUUGUCAAUAUUUCGUACAUAAAGAAAACCCAAAUAUUUCACCCAAUUUCUCAUCAUUAUUUGACAAAAGGCUUCAUUUUCAAUUACGAUACUGAUGAGCAGAAAACAGCGUAAAACUCACAGGCUGAUCUAGUUUCCACUUGUUGCAUUAAGCCAUUUUCACUUUGCUCUUAAGUGGGAUAGGGUUUAAAAAAUAUUGUUGUGUUUAUUAAGAGAAUGUGGAUCUUAAUAAAUUUAGUAAAAGUAGCAGCGAUUGUUUUUUAUAUAGAUGUAAUUUCUGGUGUAAUUUUUUUAUAAAUUGAUUUUAUUCCUGUUUGAUAUGCAUAGACAAGCCACCGUUUAUUUGAGUCUUAUUUAUUCAAGAUGUUUAUAUGUUGUAUUCUCUUUAUGUUUAUUUGUCACAUAUUGUUUAGAUAGUCUGGCCCAGCAACCUAUUUGCAUUCUGCAGAUGAAAGCCACAUAAUGAUAGUGAGUACAUGCUCACUUAAUCCAGAUUUAAUUGUGGAAAAUUAAAUGUUCAAAGAAUUCAACAUGAAGUUAAACACAAUUGUUGUGGAAAAAUUUAUUGCAUGCUGGUUGCUUUUAGUUAAAAAAAGAAUGUAUAGCAGUAAAAUUAAAAUUAUUCAAGAGUUUUAGACACUUGGAUAUCAGAUUUUUAUACAUUCAGAUAACAUUUAUGCUACUUUUAGAGCAAAGUUUAAAGAAAUGCAGACUGUAAACAUUUUACUUUAAGAAAUGCUAGUCAUAUCUGUAGGUCAGUUUGACUUGUAGACUUUCAAUCCGGAAAGGAAUUAAUAUAACUUUUUGUUACGGUGUCUUAAUGCUCAUUUUGUUGAUAUUUGUUCAACAGGGAUCUCUAAAAUUGUCAUUUGGUGUCACUUGAAGAUCAUUUUAUACAUAGUAGUAAAUGCUGCAAAUUUAGUAGAGCAUUUUAACGUUUCACAUAUUGUAAAAUUUCACUGUUGGAACAAAUGGAAAAAUAAAAACAUGUAAAAAGCAUCAUGAAAAAUAAACAUGUACAUACAUAAAAUUUUGUAUUAAGAUUGGUAAUAGAUAAAAAUACAUUAGUUCAAUGGUGUUGGGUACAUGUAAUGGAGGUUGAGAAAAUUGAAUGACUACAUGUUUAGGCGACACCAGUUUUUUGUCCCGGAAGUAUUAGAUUGGUUUUUCUAUCCAUUUGAAUCAAUAUAGACCUAUUGGUGAGAUACAUAUGAGCUUUUCUCUUUGAAAAAGGUGCUUAAUGCAUGUGAGUUAAGUGUCGUUCCUUAUAAGUCUUUGCAGUACGCACAAUCUUAUCAGGGAUAACACUGUUCUCAUUGACUGGAUUUUUCUUUACAUGAGACUUACUUUUAUUGAAAAAUCCCAUAGAAGUGGAAGUAUUGUCCCUGAUUAGCAUUGGCUGACAGCACAGGCUAAUCUGGGACGACACUUUAUGCACAUGCAUUAAUCCCCGUUUUCCCAGAGCCAUACACAUUGGUCAUGAAUAUGGACUAGCAAAAAAAAACUAUUGUUAACAGACACAGCUAAGUUUUGAUGUGUAGACUUUUCAAUUUUGAAACAAAUACAUGUGUAAAUGUUGUGAUCAUAAGGUAAAUGAAAUAGUUUAACUUCCCACAAAAAUCAAAUAUAUGUUGUGUUAAUUAUAAACCUAACUUGUUAUACUUUCCAAGAAUCAUUUUGUUAAUUCAUUAGUGAUUAUUUGUACUAAUGUACCAUGAAAUGUUCUUUAUUUAGAAAAAGCGAUUAGUAAAAAUUACCUAAAAUGUGUUUUUGCUUUGGCAAUUAAGUCAUGGAUUUAGAAUAACAAUUAAAUACCAAAAUCAUGCAUAUUGUUAUGAAACAGUGGUGUUUGUGCAUAGCUAUUGCAUUUAACAAAAAUUUAAACAUUUUAUUCCUUCUUUAUAACAUGACAAUACAUUUUGUCAAAAAAUAAAUGUCAUAAAAUA